AUGUCGAUUAACAUGACAAGGAGGCAGAGCUAUGGCAUUCCUAAUACCAGAAAGCUCAAGUUCCCCGAUGUUGGACAUACGGAGGUGAGAAGGUAUGCAGCGCUAGGCAAAGCUCUCCACCGCGGUAACGGAUAUGCUUUUAGGUACAGGGGCAUGAUAAGCAAUGCAUUCAACGGCGUGUCAAGCACUGCUGAUCAUCUUAACCAGCAGAGAGGUGAGAUCGAGUUCACCUCAACCGGGCCGGUUGUAUCGUCUCAAAAUGUGAUGACUUAUGAGUUGAUCAUACGAAAGAGAGUGUUCUUUGCAAUGUCAUUUCCCCAGAUCUAUCCAUCUGUCAAGAUCUCUGCUCCCCCGCAAGCUCCAGCAAACAAGGUGAAAUCUCUCCAGAUAAAAAUCUGGAGAAUCCUGAGUCCCGGGCUCGCGGGGCCCCACGAAUAUCGAGUCAGCGAAACGUAA